AUGGCAGUUGCAUCCCAUCUGGCAAAACUGAGCUCUGUUCCUCUAAGCCGUCCUGGGUCUUUCUCCUCUUCUUCUUUCUCUCACCUUCCAUGCCAUAAAUUUCUACAUAUUCAAAGCAACAAAGCUUCAACAUCAACCGCCUGGAGCUUAGGCAUCAAUAGCUCAAGGAAGCAACGCAAACCCAUGUCUGUACGAGGCAUGGCUUCCUCAUUUGGGUCCAGGCUUGAGGAAAGUGUUAAGAAGACCGUGGCUGAUAACCCUGUUGUUGUUUACUCCAAGAGUUGGUGCUCGUAUUCUUCGGAGGUGAAAUCUUUGUUCAGGAAACUUGGUGUAGAACCAUUGGCUAUUGAAUUGGAUGAAUUGGGUCCCCAAGGGCCCCAAGUGCAGAAGGUGCUGGAGCGGCUUACUGGGCAACACACUGUCCCUAAUGUUUUUAUUGGGGGCAAUCACAUUGGUGGUUGUACAGAUACUGUCAAACUAUACCACAAAGGAGAGCUGGAACCUUUGCUGUCUGAAGCUAAUGCUAAAAGGAAGGCAAACUAGUUCAUUUGGCUUGUCAUAUGCCAGAUAUGACCCCCCAGCAAACUUUGGAUCCAAUUAAAAGCUAUCAAACAGAUAAGAUAUGGGGUUAUGAUUAGAACUGAUAAUUCAAUGGCGGUAGCUAACCUUGGUGCCUCUUUUUGGUCCAAUGGGUGGUGG